AUGCUGACACCAGAUGGCCGGUCCGACCGACGGUUACAGCGGUCAGUCGUUACAGGCCUCAUCUCGAUCGCACUCGCCGUCUUCUUUGGCCUCUUGUACAACCGUGUGGACUUUACCACCUUCUCGGGCGCGACCGGCGGCCUCGGCAUGAUCUACCUCUCGUCCGACUUUAUCGCAAUGGUCUCGUUCUUCCCCGUCAUGGUGCUCACGGUCGACGACCGCGGCGCGUUCUACCGCGAGCGCGCGUCACAGACGUACUCGGCACUGGCCUAUUUUGUCGCGUUGACGCUGGCCGAGCUCCCGCACGUCUUUGGCUCGACCUUUGCCUUCGCCAUCAUCUUUUACCCGUUCGUGGGUCUCAGUGAGUCGGUCGGCGCGUGCUUGUACUACGGCUUCAACCUCUCGCUCAUGGUGCUCUUCUACGUCUACUUUGGCCAGCUUAUGGCGAUUCUGCUGCCCAACGUCGACGUCGCCGGGAUCGUGGGCUUCCUCUUUAGCGCCAUCUUUAUGCUCUUUAUGGGUUUUGCACCGCCAGCGGCGCAGAUCCCGAGCGGCUACCGCUGGCUCUACCACGGUGUGCCUUCGAAAUUUAGCAUGGCCAUUUUGGCCGCCGAGACGUUUGCCAAGUGCACGGAGUCGACGCAGCUCGGCUGCAAGACGCUCUCGCACGUGCCGCCGAGUGUCCUCCAAGCGAUGGGCAACGUCUCGAGUAUCACGCUCAAGGACUAUGUCGAGGGCAUGUACGAGAUGAAAUACGACGAUGCAACCAAGAACACGCUCGCAACGCUCGGCUGGAUCGCCGGUGUCUUGGUCCUGAAUGCGAUCGCCCUCCGCUUCGUCAACCACCAAAAGAGAUAGGACUAACUAUAUACAUUGACUGCAUGCAUGGCUGGUUAACUUUAUC